AUGUUUGGCGACAAAAGAAAAAACAGCAACAAUGAUAGCAACAACGAUAACAACAAUAACAAUAACAACAAUGUUCCUCGUCCUCAAUUCAUGCAAUCAGAACCUCGGCUUUCCACCACCGAUGCCUAUUCAGACGAAGACUAUGCCAAACGUAGCAGCAGUGCCGCCUCUCCCAUGAGCCCUUACAGCUAUGACCCCGUCAGGAUAAGUGGUGAGGGCUCACCAAUGAUGAUGUCACCAUGGAAUCAAACAACAAACUCACCAUUCUCAAAGCCACAGUGGUCACAAUGCGAAGAAGCACCACCACAGAAUUCCCUAAUCGGCUCCCUCGUCCGCGAAGAAGGACACAUUUACUCAUUGGCAGCUUCCGGGGACUUAUUAUACACCGGCUCCGACAGCAAGAACAUCCGCGUGUGGAAGAAUCUUCAAGAAUUUUGCGGAUUCAAAUCCAACAGUGGAUUAGUAAAAGCAAUAAUAAUCUCCGGUCAAAAAAUCUUCACCGGCCACCAAGACGGAAAAAUCCGAGUCUGGAAAGUUUCCGUCAAGAACCCUAGCAUCCACAAACGCGCGGGAACAUUACCAACUCUCAAAGACAUUUUCAAAAGCUCCAUUAAACCAAGCAACUACGUCGAGGUACGUAAACACCGCACCGCGCUAUGGAUCAAACACUCCGACGCCGUUUCAUGUCUGAGCCUCUCACCGGACAAAAUCUACCUCUACUCCGCUUCAUGGGAUCGAACAAUCAAAGUAUGGAGAAUCGGAGAUUCUAAAUGUUUAGAGUCAAUAACCUCGCACGAGGACGCAGUCAACUCCGUCGUGUGCGGCAACGACGGUGUAGUUUUCUCCGGUUCCGCUGACGGAACGGUUAAGGUGUGGCGAAGAGAAGCACGUGGGAAAGGAACGAAGCACGUGGAGGUUAAAACGCUUUUGAAACAAGAAUGUGCAGUUACGGCUCUAGCGGUCGACUCGUCCGGUUCGAUGGUUUAUUGUGGAGCUUCUGAUGGGUUGGUUAAUUUUUGGGAACGUGACAAGAGUUUUGCGCACGGUGGGGUUCUGAAGGGUCAUAAGCUAGCGGUUUUGUGUUUAGCUUCGGCUGGGAAUUUGAUUUUUAGCGGUUCAGCUGAUAAAACCAUAUGCGUGUGGAAAAGAGACGGAGUUAUUCACACAUGUGUUUCUGUUUUAACGGGACAUGAUGGCCCCGUUAAAUGCUUAGCGGUGGAGCAAGAUCGUGAUUCUGCUGGUGGGAGAGAUGAACGGUGGGUGUUGUAUAGUGGAAGUUUGGAUAAAUCUGUUAAAGUUUGGAGUGUUUCUGAGAGUCUGCAGCAUCAGAGGAUUGCUUCUGAUAGUGAUUCAGUGCCUUCGGAAUCGGACGGUAGCUAUUCGUCGAGUCGGGCCGGGCAUAAUAAACGAAAUUGA